UACAAUAAUUUGUCACUGCAAUAUUUUUCGUAGUUUGCGCGUUUGUUGCCCAUUAUUAACUAAUAUAAUUAUUAGUAAUUGUACCUACCUUUACUAGAAACAUGCAUAACACGUAUUUACUUCAGAAACGAGUAAAUACAGGUAUGUAAAGGACUCUAAAAGUUUACAACAUAAUUUCAUAUGGACGCAUUAUAUUUGUAAAUGUGUAAUAAACACAAUUUGUGCUUUGGUGAUAUUAAUCUUAGAAUUUAUGCGAGUGUAAAAAGUGGCACACAAUAGCGAGGAUUAUUUAAUAGAAGAAAUAAAACCGGUAUUAUCAAGAUCCAUCGGGAACUAUCUACAUCAAACUCAUUUGCUCAGAGAAGAUGAUGCUAUCCAGCUGCAGUAACUACACAAGUGAAUUUUUUGUUAGUGGCAUUGACAAAAAGGUGAAACUAUCCACGCGACUUGUGAUUCUAUAGGCCUCUGCAAAACAGUGAAUUUUCAGUGGACUGGUUGACCAUAACAAUUUUUUAGUUUGUUGAAUCGAAGUGUUCACCCCAUGUAUUUAAUAAGAACUGCACAUCCAUCGUCUAUGUGUGUAACUACAAAUGUAUGAAUAAACUAAUGCCAUUCAACAACAAGUUAAUUGGAUAUGUUGUCCAGUGUAUGUUUCGCUGAAUAAUAAUCCUGAAGCUGACGAUGACUUUGUGCGUGCGUAUUCAACUCUCCACAUUUCGUCUGUAAUACAAAGGAAUAUACUGCCAUUUCAUGUUUGGACUAUUUCAUGCCUGUUUUUUUAUUAUCGUUAAGACUGAUUUGAAUGUAAUAGCAGUGAACUCGCGUAGUUAUUCUGCACGCUGAAACAAUUCAGGCAAUAUGCAUUGCAGUCUGCAAGAAGAGCAAACCUCAUAUGGCUUUGACGUUCACUUCUUCCGAACUCAAUAAUGGAUAUUCCGUAACACGAACCGAAUUCUCCAGUGACAAAAAUAUCUACAUCUCGGGGAAUAAUGAAUCGCGUCUUGCUAAUGAGAAAUCAAACGAAGCCCCCGAUCAAUUCGUCCUUCGAUGAUUUGGUUGAGGCGGGGGGCAUUCGGGUUCCGGACGCCUGUCCCAGCCCUCUGCCCCCAGCAAGAAGGCGGAUCGGGCAGGUGACGGGUCCAAGCAAAAGUGGGCUAAAUUAUGAACCCGUGCACUCGGAAUCAGAGGAAAUUAGUGACUUGGACAUGAGUGAGACCGAAAGUCCUGUGUCCUCACAUCCCGUACCGUCCGGGAGAGUGCGAGUUGGCAUAUCUCUCGACCCGAAGGGAAGAAGCACCAAGAAGACCAAGAAGAAAGGAGAACUAGACGAUGACACGGAAAUCUGCUUAAAACCCCUCGCUACUAGACGAAAUUCGGGAAUUAUUCCUUUGAAGAUAGCCGACUCAAAUUUUCUCAAGUCCGAUCCCGAUGGAGACACGACAGAUGAAGACGUGGAUAAUAAAGGGGACUCGCCUGUGCAACAGAACGGGGGCAAUAAAUUUACAAAAAUAUUCAAAGACAAAUUAAAUUCCGUUCCUAUUCCAAAAAUUUUCCACAAGAGGAAACCUAAAGAGUACAAACUGCAAGUUUUUGUAGCCAUUUUAUUUUUAACAAUAAUCCUGCUCGUGGGUUCAAUCUAUGUGAUUCAUCAAGAAAAGGAACUGCAAAAAUCCUACUUUGAUAGAAUUCGUUUUUCACAUAAAGAUCGGAGGAUUCGUGUCUCCAACGAGAAAGGCAAAGAUAUUUUGACCGGCAUUUUAGGGGCCAAUCUUGCGAAAAAGGAUAAAGCAUGGCCUUGUCUCAAGCAGGAUGAGAAACCUGGACAUACGUGUUUGGAAUGGAUGAACAAAGCUCGUCUCUACUUUCGAAUUAAGCAUCAAAAUUUAAUGGACACGGGAUUUUCAGCAGCUCCCAACGACUCAACGGCUGCUCCUGAAGGUCGUGCUAGCAGUCUCCGCUGUUAUGAAAUAUACUGGGAAGCAAUAAAUCCGGAUUUCAAACUAAAAGACUGUUACUCGUUGGGUGAACGAGGCGGUGGACACUUUUAUGGCGGUGGAGAAAUUCCUGGUUCUGAUCACUGGCCAUUAAAUAAAACCAGCGUCCCGUACUCACCUUUCAUCACGGGCAACAGAAUGACCAGUGAAUCUGAUACGCACUUCCAAUGGGGCAGAACACUUGGACGAUUCUUUAUUAAUUCCGAUGGAGCAGCAAUUCAAAUUACCGAAGACACUCCUCUCCAUGUGUCCAUAAAUGAGGACGGAGACCGGAAGUUGUGCUUGGGAUCACGAUUUGAGGGAUAUGGGAACGACCCACAAGAAAACGGGCAAAGAAAUAGGCAAAAUGGACCUACUCGUCCACUACAUCUGAAUUACACCAUUUGUACUGGAGAAAACGCACUAGAAACUGCGGAACUUUUGGCAGAUAAGGACAUCUGGGACGGAUUAAAGCACGAAGAUCUUCAAGUGGCUCGACUCUUAGCACAGUCUCCAAUUUGGAGAAUUUUGCCAGAAACGAUAAACCACGGGCAUUUUAGCGAGGCAGCUCUUCUGAACUACACGGAUCGUAUUGCAUCCCUUCACCUUUCUGAAGGAUAUAUUCUAUUUGACGAAAGUUGGCAGCAGAGGAUUGGAGACUUGGCUAUGGACCUCACAAGAUUCCCCACAAUGGACGAAACGCUGAAUAUAACUCGAAGACGAGGUUUCAAAGUUGCAUUGACAAUUCAACCAUUUUUCAGCACCCAGUCCCGAAAUUACGAAGAAGGAUUGUACGCGGGUGAUAACGACGAUGAGAUUUGGUUAGCAGAGAAGAAUUCGGAUAAGAAAAAAGUACCAGCGCUUACCCAGUAUAAGAAUUGGACUAGUGUUGCAGUCCUGGAUUGUACAAAAUCAUCAGCCCAGCAAUGGUUAGAGAAAAAAGUCUCGGCUGUGGUUGAUAAGUAUCGAAUUGAUGCCCUUUAUGUUGACCUUGGAACCACAUACGAUCUCCCCAAAUUCUACGAGUUUUCUAAACCGCUGUCUAGCUCGGAUUACUACAAGGACCUAUUUCUUAAAGCUUUGCGACCCAUUCAACAUGUGCGUACCAUUGUAGUUUCAAGCGCUGUAAAGUUACCAAAGCUUCCCACUUUUGUAUCCUUGAGUCCAACAGAAAGUUCUUGGGAAGGAUUGCAAUCUGUGAUACCCAAUAUUUUAACAAUGGGCGUGGCAGGAUACCCAUUCAUCAUUCCAGGUGCUAUUGGAGGUGACUUCUGGCCAGUAGGCAAAUCUAACGCUAGUUACCGGAUGAGUAGCGAAGGGUCAUUCCGUGUACCUGACCGCGAUUUAUACAUCCGUUGGUUGGAAUUGGUACAUUUUCUUCCCGUUGUCCAAUAUUCCUUCCUCCCCAGCGAUUACGAUCAAAAAGUUGUGGAUAUUGCAACAAAUAUGUAUUUCACUCGCAAGAAUAAAUUGUACCCGUACAUUAAGAAAGCGAUUGAUCAGUCUUUGACGACUGGUUUGCCAGUUAUUCGACCACUCUGGAUGAUUGACCCUACGGACGCCACUUGUCUUAAAAUUUCAGAUGAGUUCAGUAUUGGAGAGGAUAUUAUUGUCGCUCCUGUGAUACGCCCGGGCGAAGUAGAACGGGAUAUUUACCUCCCAAAGGGGAUCUGGAGGAAUGAAAUGGAUGGCAGUCCGACCAAAGGAGAGAAAUGGCUGCAUCAUUACAGAGUCAAGGAAAACCAGAUUCCUUUCUUCACUAAAAUGCCAGGGGUUGGCAGCUAUGUCCUUGACAAUUAGACACUAAAUAUUUAGCUGCACAAAUUUGCAUGUUCAACGUCUUUCUUAAUUAUGUUAUGUUUAGCUUAGCUUGUAAAACUUAUGGGUCUGAUCAAACAGUAGAAAUUGAGCAAGCCUGUGAUUAGGAUUAGACGCAUCAGAACCAUAUUUACCUACAAAACGACUACAUCUGUAUAUUAGUGGUGCGACCUAUUUUUUGGGAAUGUCUGCCCGUCCGUUCCAUUCCACAUAUAACGAUUUUUUGGAAUUACUUACUGACAAAAGUAUGGGUAUUUAAUGAUAUACAUACUUAUUAUAUAAUCCACUGAUUCAAGAGGAAGGAGUUCAUGAAGUUUCGGACAGUGGUGAAAAAUUAUUGUGUGAUUCUAGUCCGUUUUUUGUAGGAUUUUAUUUGUUAGCAAUUACUCGUAGGAUAGUUGAUGCAAUAAUUAGAACCACAUGUACACAGUAAUUUAUUAACAUAGUUUUUAUUUAUUUCAUUUAAUCUAUAGCCAUUUAAAGCACAGUAAUGUAAUGCACAGUAAUGUAAAUGCUUCUACAUAAUGUAUUUUAUCUGAAAAGGGAAAAAAUGUGAUCUUUAAUACGAAUGCAAUUAAACUAUAAGAUUUAACACAAAAUGGAAAACAUGUAUUCAUAAAAUAUAUUGUAAAAUAAGCACAAAUCGUCUAAUUACUUUAUCUUCAGCAAUAAAUUACGUUGUUUUGACAAAAUGA